AUGGACACACACCCGCCCUCACUCGAAUCACUCCAGAGGGGGGUGACGGAUCUAGCAACGACAUAUCAUGACCGGGGAUGGACGAACGCAGCAACAGGCCUGGAAGCAGCCCUUAAAACCGCUGAGGAACGAGCCACAGACACGACGCUCGAUGCAACAAUAACCACGCUGGAUGAGCUGGGCGCACUGGUAAAAACAUGUCUACACCGCAAGCUAUGGAUCAUCGCGGAAGAUCUGGGUAUUAUCUUGCUGGAAACCUGUGAAGCACUGAAAGGCGAACGAGAUCCGAUCACAAUGAGUGCAAUGAAUAGUCUUGCCUCGGCGUAUUGGGGCCGUGGACAACUGGAUCAAGCGGCUGCUCUUGCGUCGCGGGUGACGAAUCUCCGCAGAAGAUUGCUUGGCGAGUCUCAUCCGCAGACGCUGACUUCUAUGACAAAUUUGGCGUCCACGUAUCGGAGUCAGGGGCACUGGCUGGAGGCUUUAGAGCUCGAUUUGAAGACGUUUGAGAUGAAGAAGGAGACGCUUGGUGCGACUCAUUCGUCGACGCUGGGCUCCAUGGCCAACAUGGCGAUCUCCUAUACAAACCUGGGUCAGUAUGACGAGGCCGAGACGAUCGCACGCGAGCUGGUUGAUUUGGGAGAGAAGUCGUUACUUCCAAACGAUGCCUCGCUAUUAAACUGGAAGUUGAGUCUGGCGUCGACAUAUCGAGAUCAGGGGAGGUUGGACCCCGCUGAGAAACUCGAGCGCGAAGUUGUCGCUGCCAGUCGGGCUUCGUUUGGAAUUAAGAAUUCCUUCACACUCACUUCCAUGGCCAACCUUGCAUCGACCUACCGUGAACAAGGUCGGUGGCCGGAUGCUGAGCGUCUCGAGAAAGAGGUUGUGUCAACGAGUGAGACUGUGCUUGGCGAGACACAUCCACAGACUCUCAUGUCCAUCAGUAACCUGGGGUCUACCUACCGAAGUCAGGGUCGGUUAGAAGAGGCCAAGAAUCUCGGUGAAAAGGCGACAACAGUUAUGAAGGAUGUUCUCGGUGAACGUCAUCCAUACACAUUAGUCGCCAUGGCCGAUCUCGCCGUGACAUAUCAACUGAAGCGACAAUCGCCCGACGCUGAGAUCCUCGCAGCUCGGUCACUGCGUCUGAUGGAGGAGACCAUUGGCAAGGACCAUCCCUAUACCCUCAGCGCCAUGGCCAACCUCGGCUCGAUUUACCAGUCGCAGAGCAAGUGGAAUGUCGCAGGCGGGAUGGCAGAGACGGUGUACGCAGGCAGAGAAAAGAAGUUUGGUAAAGACCAUCCAGACACUCUCGCAGCACUGGAAGACUUGAGAAGAGUGGCCUGGGUAGAAGCGGCGGAUCAGAAUGCACAGUCAACGUUGAAUUAG